CGGGCCGCAGUGCAGAGCCGCGCGGCUAACGAGCCCGCACCGGUGGCAUCGGACACCGACCGCCGACCGCCUCGACCCGAGCUCCAAACUCCGACUCCUCAUCAAUUUCUCUCCCUUUCCCUCCGCCACAGUGCGGCGCAUACCUGCGUUCCUUUUUUUGUCCACCGGCUCCCCCCACCGGGCCAUGUCGGGCGCCGUACACAAACCGUCUUGAGACGCGCUCCGGGACGCACGUGCUCGCGCUGCGCGGAAACAUCACCGCGUAAAUAUUCACGUCUACAAUGACAACUUUCAUGUGACUUGCCGGAUAUCUUCAGUCAUCAUGAAGUGCAUCAUCGCGUUUUGUUUAACUGUGACUCUAGUGAGCCGGGCCGUCGCAGAGGCCUCCGUGCGGACAUGUGAACCUAUUAAAGUGGCUAUGUGCAAGAACAUUGGAUACAAUCAGACGGGGAUGCCCAACUUGGCACGGCACACUCUCCAGGCGGACGCGGACGUGACGCUGCAGACUUUCAGCCCGCUCGUGCAGUACGGGUGCUCCUCACAAUUGCACCUGUUUCUCUGCUCCGUGUAUGUGCCCAUGUGUACGGAUAAAGUGGCGUUACCGAUCGGACCAUGUAGAGGAUUAUGCGAAAGUGUGUACGCCAGAUGUUAUCCAGUCCUUAGAGGGUUUGGUUUCACUUGGCCACAAGAGCUUGAUUGCUCUUUAUUCCCCGCUGAGAAUAAUCAUGAACACAUGUGUAUGGAGGGUCCUGGAGAACGUUCUCCUCCUGUCGGCAAUAUACCACUGGACACCUCAGGUGCUGGCGGUCGAGGCGCCUGUAGAAGACUGAUCAAGCCUAACAGUUGGGUUUGGGUGAGAGGCUCCGGUCGAUGCGCCCAGUUUUGUGACGCUGAGGUAUUGUGGGAGGCUGGAGAACGCAGAGCAGCCGAGGUGUGGCUUGCUACAUGGGCAGCGCUCAGCUUCGCGUGUACCCUUGCCGCUGUUGGAGCACAACUAGCUUGUGGAGACCGAGGGGGCGCCGGUGACAGAGCGUUGGUUCUGGUGGCUCUGUGCCGGUGUGCUGCAGCGGCGGGGUGGGGCGUCCGCGCCGCUGCCGGUCGAGCUGCUGCAGGAUGCGCCAAGGACUCCACUUCACCUACUCGAAUGUUGCUGGCACAUGAUGGUUUGGCUAAUCCAAACUGCGCUGUUGUCUUUCUGCUGCUUUAUUACUUCGGACUAGCUGCUUCUGUGUGGUGGGUGGUAGUCGCUGGAGCGUGGAGGGCGAGCGUGCUGCGUCAACCAGCGCAGGCGGGAACAGGCGCUCGGAAUGACCGGCACUCGUCGCUGCUGCAGCUCGCGGCUUGGGGCGUGCCAGCCGCGCUGGCUGCUGCCGUGCUAGUCACUAGGGAUGUCGACGCUGAUGAACUUACAGGUACAUGUUUCGUCGGCAAUCAGUCAAGCAAAUCGCUACUGGCACUAGUCAUCGUGCCUGAAGCCAUCUGCCUCCUCCUGGGCUGCGUGUUCCUCUCAUCGGGCCUGCGUGCUGUGCUCCGUCGACCAGCACCGGUACCCGCCCCUACUGUUCUCCUCAACACACCCCAACCCCACACCGACCAGAGCGUGUUAAGACUAGGAGCAUUUGCAGCGCUGUACGCCGUGCCAUCAGCCUGCAUACUAGCAACAUGGGUGUAUGAAUAUGCAUGGAGAGACGAGUGGCUCGCCGCACCCAUGCCUUCUUUAGAACCCUCCACACACCCAAGACCAGCUUUCUGGGUGUUUCUAUUUAGAAUAUUCGCGACGCAAAUCCUCGGCGUCAUGGUAGCCGUUUGGAUCGCAACGCCUCGAUUAAAGGCGUUGUGGAGAAGAAUAUCAGGGCCACGGAAACCAACACCAGCCAAGACCCCGGCAGGACCUCCUCCCACGCCGCUGACUUUCCACUGUUACGCAACUCAUCCACACACGUUGGCGCGACAUCCCCACAACCCAAAGUAUGCGACUUACAGACCGCCACAACAACACUCGUAUAGAAAGCCAAGGCACUAUCAUUAUUCAGCCGGCGAAACGAUACUCUGACCAAGAUACACGUGUCAUUGGAUCUUGAAAGACAUUAGAAAGUUCGUACCCUGAUGUAUUUGUGCGGAUUCCAUAAGUGCCAUUAUUGUAUAAAAACGACUGAUGUAACCUCAAAUAUUGCAGAUGCUUGUGCAAUCAACCCUAAAACGAACCUGUCUGUAUAAUUAUAUGGAUAACUUUUUCUUUUUGAAUUACUUAUUGUAUUUCUUUUAUAUUUUUAUUUAUUGUAAAAUAUUAAUUACAGAUUUGUAAAAGACAAGCCUCGCAAAAAGUAAUGUUUAAUACUUUUGCCGUGUAAAUAAAAAUAGAAGUAGAUAUUAAAAUUGUACAGUAGAUUAUUGCAGGACACAAUUAUUUGUUAAUAAUUAUUAUCUAUAAAUUAUUUUUAUUCCUGGCAACAGCGAUGCAAGUAGGGAACGAUGUUGGUACCUAAAUAUCGUUCGCAAACAUUAUCAUUAGAUAUAGGUAAAGUCAACAACAAAAGUAGAUGAACACAUCAAAAACUUCAAAACACUUUUAUACUUACAUUAAUUUUAAUCAAAACAUUCAUUAUUCUUUAUCUAACAGUAAAUCGUUUGCAGUUUAUUUUAGUAAAGCAAAAAUGAUUGUUGAUACGGACUUGAAAUUGAAAUUUUUAAUUUGUUCAGCUUCUUUUGUGGCUGCUUGUACCUACUUAUAUUUUAUAAGAAUAAUAUUUUAAUACUUGUAAAUGUAAAUACGUUUUGUACAUAACUGCCAAAUUAUGAGUAAUAAUGUCGACACUGCCGAUUUAAUAGGUACCCUCUACUCCGUUUGUAAUUUAGUUAAAUGUAUUCCUAUAAAUGAAGAUGAUAUGAAGAACAGAUAGCCUCUUACUAGGAAUAAAAAAUAGUUGGCAAAAUACGUUGCCAAUGUGAAAUUCUAAUCCCAUGUUAUAUCUAUACGUUUUUGGCCUUUUUAUAUAAUGUAUACAAACGUGUGGAACCCACCUCAAGCCAAAAUAGACUUAAGUUCUGUAGUAAUUAAUGACUGAAUUUGAUUGUAAAUACUAUUUUAAGUGCUUAAUUUAUGUUCAAAAUGAAACUAGAUUGUGGUCUAUUGAUUAUUGAUUAACUAAACAAUUAAUAAAAUAAUAUAAUUUUGUA